AUGGUGCACGACGCUACGUCAGUGACCUCGCACGCACCCCGCAAGAAGAACAAGCUCAUCCGCCCACGCGGGAAGCGUGGAGGUGUGAAGCAUAGGCCCAAAGGCAAGAAGGCGUCCCAUACACCUACGAAGCAUGCUGAGUUAAUUGCGAAAUAUCACACGCUCGAGAAGCAAAUUGCUCGUGCAUCGCCUAGAGAACGAGCAGCUUUGCUCGCUGAGCAGCAGGCGCUAGGCGGAUUACAGGUGUAUCAAGACCAAAGCACCACAGGCGGCGCACCGAUUCGUGGUGGUGAGUCGGGGAAAUGGUGCGUGAAAAUCCUGAAACAGAUUUGGCCUCUUGCUAGACCUGUCCGUCUUCUAGAUGUAGGGGCCAUUGCAGGGACAGCGUACGCCAAGUGGCCUACCUUUGUGCAUGUGACGAGCAUAGAUCUACACCCACGCGCCGACCAUGUGAUCCAAAGUGAUUUUUUCGAGUAUCCUAUCCCUAGCUCCCCAGAAGAUUGUUUCGAUCUGGUGGGAUUAUCUUUGGUCAUCAACUUUGUGGGUGAUCUGCAUAAAAGAGGCCAAAUGCUUCUACAUGCGCACAGGUACCUUCGCCCCGGUGGCUAUUUGUACGUGGUUCUCCCGCUAGCGUGCGUCACAAAUAGCCGGUAUAUGACUCAUGAUCAUUUCCGGAAGAUUGUACAUGCAUGUGGCUACGAUGUGGUGGAGAACGAAGAUAGUGUGCGUCUCACACGCUGGCUUCUGCAGCAGCGUGAGCGCCCAGAUGGGAAAACGUUUUCUUCGUCUCUUACCGACGUAUCGCCUUUUUGGGAUGGCACCGUCUUCAAAAAGCGUGAACUGCAGGCAGGUGCGCGUCGCAACAACUUUUGUAUUCUAGUGCCGUAG